CGUUAGACGGGAUUUGACAGAUUGCGCGAUUCCGCAACGCGGCGCGCGCACUCCGCAGCAGUCCCCAAUCAAAAUUCUUUUCCGUGGAAUUAACACAAGUGCAGCACGUGUUCGCCGCAAUCGGAGCGUAAUCGACAUUUAAUUUUGUUUAAUUAAGUUGCUAGCCCCCAGCUGUCGCGCGAUGCCCUCCGACGCCAAGAAGCGCGAAGCGCAGAAAAAGAAAGACGCGGCGAAGGCGCGAAACAAGAAGCCGGCGGCAAAGGAUGACUCCAAAACGAACGGCACCACCACCAACGGGAAGACGGAACCGCUGAGCGCCGAGGAGGCGCUCUGCGCGAAGUUGGAGUCUGACGCGCGGCUGAAUGCGGAGGCACGUGCCUGCACUGGCUCUCUUGCUGUACAUCCCAAGUCCAGGGAUGUCAAGAUUGCCAAUUUUUCCAUUACUUUUCAUGGCUGUGAGAUGCUCCAGGAUGCACUACUUGAGUUGAAUUGUGGCCGGCGGUAUGGACUGCUUGGCCUCAACGGAAGUGGAAAAUCAACAAUCCUAGCUGUAUUAGGAAAUCGUGAAGUGCCCAUCCCGGAGCACAUCGAUAUCUUUCACUUAACGCGCGAGAUGCCAGCAUCGGAUAAAUCAGCAUUGCAGUGCGUAAUGGAAGUCGACGAAGAGCGCGUCCGAUUGGAGAAAAUGGCGGAAACACUCGUCGCGUGUGAGGACGACGAAUCGCAGGAACAACUCAUGGACAUCUACGAACGUCUUGAUGAAAUUUCGGCUGAUACGGCCGAAGCACGCGCCGCUAACAUCCUCAACGGUCUGGGUUUUACUGCGAAGAUGCAGAAUCAGGCAACGAAAGAUUUCAGUGGUGGUUGGCGCAUGCGAAUUGCGCUCGCCCGAGCAUUGUACGUGAAACCACAUCUGUUACUACUUGAUGAACCUACCAACCAUCUCGAUUUGGAUGCCUGUGUGUGGCUCGAAGAGGAAUUGAAGCACUACAAGAGAAUUUUGGUCAUUAUUUCGCAUUCACAGGAUUUCCUCAAUGGUGUAUGCACGAAUAUCAUACAUGUGAACAAGAAACGACUUAAGUACUAUACGGGUAACUAUGAUGCGUUUGUUCGCACACGUAUGGAACUGCUCGAGAACCAGAUGAAGCAAUACAAUUGGGAACAGGACCAGAUCAGUCACAUGAAGAACUACAUUGCUCGAUUCGGUCACGGCAGCGCAAAACUUGCGCGUCAGGCUCAGAGUAAGGAGAAAACAUUAGCGAAAAUGGUCGCACAAGGUCUCACCGAGAAAGUCGUCAGCGACAAGAUUCUCAACUUCUAUUUCCCCAGCUGUGGGACGGUACCGCCGCCCGUUAUUAUGGUGCAGAACGUUUCUUUCCGUUAUUCGGAUACGUCACCGUACAUUUAUAAAAAUCUGGAAUUCGGUAUUGACUUGGAUACGCGUCUUGCACUUGUCGGGCCCAAUGGUGCGGGCAAAUCAACGCUGUUGAAGCUAUUGUAUGGUGAUCUGGUGCCUACGGAAGGCAUGAUUCGCAAAAACUCGCACUUGCGAAUCGCGCGUUAUCAUCAGCAUCUACACGAGUUGUUGGAUUUGGAUGUAUCGCCACUCGAUUACAUGUUGCGCGCUUUUCCGGAGGUGAAGGAACGCGAAGAGAUGCGGAAGAUUAUCGGGCGGUAUGGGCUGACAGGGCGGCAGCAGGUCUGCCCCAUCAGGCAGUUGUCGGACGGGCAGCGGUGUCGCGUGGUGUUUGCCUGGCUGGCUUGGCAGACGCCGCACUUGCUGCUGCUGGACGAACCUACCAAUCACUUGGAUAUGGAAACUAUCGAUGCCUUAGCGGAGGCCAUCAAUGACUUUGAUGGUGGUAUGGUGCUUGUUAGUCACGAUUUCCGACUCAUUAGUCAGGUGGCUGAGGAAAUUUGGGUGUGCGAAAAAGGCACGUGCACAAAGUGGAAGGGCGAUAUCCUCACCUACAAGGACCACCUCAAGACCAAGGUGCUCAAAGAUGCGACGAAUUCGACCGCGAAACGAAAAUAGGCAAUUUAUACACAACAUUAGCUCCCAAUUUGCAGCAAGUUAGCUCGACAAUGUGAGAAUUAUUUUUCGCGCACUUUCCCACCCGCACCCCUUAUAACUCCCCAAAAAAUAACGUCAAAACAAGCACCAUUGUUACAAACAAAAUAAUCGAGACAAUGCGCCCCAAGCCCGCCCAAUAAGUUAAUUUGUAUUGCCCUUGUCAUUAAUAUCUAGUGCAUAGUAUCAAAGUCAUAUGCUUGGUUUGGUUGGUUAUUUAUUCGCAAGUGAGGUAAUUAUGGAUGUGAGUGAUUUGUACUUUUUAAUAUGACGCCACGACAAUAGCCACGAUUCUCAGCUUGCACCCGAAGGCGUAUUUAUUUGAUUGGCUUUAAUUUUAGAUCGGAAAUUCGAUUCGUUUCUCACGCAGUUCCCCAGUUUUUGGUUUGUUUUAAUAUUUUUUAUUUCAAAAAGUAAAUUUUAUUCGCAUUCUCGUUUCUGGUUAUUGGUACCGCAUUCUGUUUCUUGUUUACUGCGCUCUGGACUAAAGUAAAUUACAAAUAAACAACAUACAGUGAAAGAUACACAA